UAUGGCCAAAUGAAACCUUUAUGGAAGGGAGCAGCGCGUGCUGAGAAGGAUGUUUGUCUAUAUUUAAAGGAUGGACAUUAUUAUGGUAUAAGAAAACUAAAUACACUUUUUGGAAAGGAUAUGUAUUAUUGUCUUGAAUGUGAAUCAACCUACCACAGCAAAAUAGAACAUCGGCAGACAUGUGCAGCAAAAUGUCCACGUUGCUGCGGGAUGGGCGCAGAUUUUCCGUGCAAAGAGAUUGAAAAUUACGAAAUAAAUUGUUCUGAGUGUUUCAACUUAUUUAAAAAUCCGGACUGUUACAAUCGACAUAUUCAAAAGGGAAUAUGCCAGAUUUUUAAAAGAAUGUGGUCAAAUUUACAAAGUGAAUAA